AUCGGGCCUUCCCGAGGAAUGCAUUCAUUGUAGAUCUCGUGCACAAUACUGAUUUAUCACGUGUAGCACGUGUAAACAUAGUCACGAGCAAGAGAGACCUCUGCAUUCCUGGCUUUCAUUGUCCCAAGAAUAGGGAACAUUUAAUACCGGUGGUUGGAUAAUUCUCAUGCAGCUGACCUCUGCAUAAAUAACUGCCACUCGGACUGUUUUGCAUUUCUGGUCAUCACCACAUUCAGACUCUCAGAUUCCGUACCUGCAUAAGCAAUUGUCUUGCCUCCCUGCAGCUCACGAGAAACAUUCCAAACUCUAUCUUUCGUUCACAAUACCAGCCAAUAAUGUCUUUCUCUGCCGUUGCCACCUAUACAACGGACAAAAGCGCCGACAUGUUUGGACAAAGCGGCUUUGAAGAACUCGGUAACGACUUUUUCGACCAGUUCAUUACCUUCGAGGAUUCUACCCCUGAAUACCUGCUACCAGAUACAUUUCUGGAAAGAUCCAUCAGCGACCAGUCAGGCGACUUGUCGCUAAACUCCACCGACGAUGAAGCAAAGCACGGGAGCCAUAACACAUGGCGAGGCGAAGCCUGGGCAAACACCAGCGCAGCCUCACUCGUUAUACCAGGCAGUCAACAUUUCUAUAGCGAGUUAACAGGCAGAGCCGCAAUCUCUGAUAGUGAACUACUCAGCCUCGAUAACAUAAAUCUAGAAUCUCCUCUGAUUCCAGCCUUAUCUCAAACAUCUCUUCCACCAUCGCCAUCACCAAAUGCAACACUUGCAACACGCAGAAAGAAUCGCAUUGUCGAAUCGUUAUCUAAGAGCUUGAAAAAAGCGACAGCAUCUUUGGACAAACGCCUGUUCCGAAGCCCUAUCCGAAAAUCGAGCUCGUCACCAAAAAUGAUGCGGGCUGCCAUCAACAAGAGCAGUCUUGAACUGCAACUCGAGAACUUUGACUUCGACCUGCAGGCAAACGUUCUGCCUAUAUCACCACCUCCAUCUGUCAAAGCUCCAGCUGCUUUCCAAGAGUCAGAUAUGAUGACUCCAGCAAAAGGAAAGCACCUCAACGGAUUCGCAUACAGAAAUCCUUCCAACCAACAAAUAGACCGAACGAAUCUCUACGAUACUCCGCUAUCAACGCCAGUCUUAGAAGCUCCAUCUGCUCGGAGAGUCAACCAGCAAACACCCGCAGAUGCAACUCCCUAUCCUAUUACUCCUCAAACACAAAACGCAGCUCCAACAUUGUCACAACUACCCAACCCUCAAGAAUACCCAAACAUCAACCCAAACACAAUGUACCCGAUCUCAGACCUCGAAUCUCCCCUCUGGUACGGCCACGCGAACACCAUCCCCAUAGCGCAACCCUCCCCAUCCGGCUUCCACACGAACCCCCAACGAGCCACCAAAACCCUCGCAAUGCAACUCCAGAACGACCUGGCAUUCACGACCAACGACCUAACCCUCGACCCCAUGACCGCCGGCCUCGGCAUCCAAAUGCCCAUCGCCCAGCAAUUCAUCAUGGGAUCCCCGCCCAUCAUGCAGCGAGGCUACUUCGCUUCACCGAACCCGGGUCCUCAGCCGCAUCGUCAACAAGGGCAAACACAGCCUCUUCACCAUGCCCGCCACCAACAUCAAAGACAAGGAGGCAACAAUAGCAACAACAAUAAUAAUAGGCUUCCAUCCUACGCCCGACAACCACAACCGCCAAGGCACCAAUCCCACUCUCAAUCCCACAACACACCGACCCGCAAACCCCGCCGCUCACCCUCCUCCUCCCCAUCCCCCUCCUCUUCCGGCGCGAUCCGCAAACGCAAAUCCUCCUCUACCUCACCUAAAACCAAGACGCCAGGCGGAGGGACGGUCGAUUUCGUCAACUACACGCCGAGCGAUAGCCGGAAGAUACUAACGGGGGUGGCGCCGAGCGGGAGCAGCAAGACGAAAGCCAGGAGGGAGAAGGAGGCGUUGGAGAAGAGGAGGCGGUUGAGUCAGGCUGCUGUGAGGGCGGUGAGGGCUGUGGGGGGCAGUUUGGAGGGGUUGGGGGAGUUUAUUGUUUAG